AUGUAUCCAAUUAUUAUUGAACUCAAAGAAAAAAUAAUCAAACUUAAUUUAUUUGAAAAUGAAAUUUCUCUUUCAAGUGCUUUUCAUCAUCGUACAGCAAUUAUUUCAACACGAAUCUAUAUAUUUUUACUCUUAUUAUCCGUUAAUAUUCUUAUUGGAUAUACUUUAUUCAAAGGACAAAGUCAAACAAUUACAAUUCAAAAUCCAACUGAAACAAUUUAUAAAAAUUUAUUUAACAAAUAUCAAACAACUUUACAAUGUCAAUGUAGUCAAAUUGCUAUUUCCUAUGGUUCAUUUCUUUCAAUUUCACCACAAUAUCAUCCUAUAUGUUCAAGUAUAUAUAUUCAAGAUCAAUGGAUUGAAUUACUUUUUAAUUCAAAUACAACUUAUUUUUUGCCAAUUGAUUUUCGUUCUUUAGCUAGUAGUCAUUUUCAAUUACUUGCAACACUCUGUUCAUUUGUUCAACAAAUAGUUCAUGAUGCAAUUGAUGAUUUUCUAUCGAAUACUUUUCUUUCACCACAAAUUCUUUCCGAAGUUUCACUUGAACAACGAAGUUAUGCUGAAAGUUCAUUUUUAAGAAUAUCAACAGCAAAUAAUGUUAAACAUUUAUUACAUCUUAUUAGAAAUUUAACACAAAGUAAUCGAUUACAAACGGCAUUGUCAACAGCAACUAUUAAUAUGUUAUAUUACGAUUCAACUAAUACUGUUAGUGCAUUUUCUUGGACUGAUAUAUUCAACUUGUUUAGAAUGAAUUGUUCUUGUAGUUUUACAACAUCAUGUUAUUUACCAUCAGGUUUUUAUAAUCAUAUUGCUUAUGAUAUUGCACGAAAUGGUUUAUGGCAUGAUCAACCGAUGGGUAAUGUAACUGGUUUUAAAGUUGGCUGCUAUGCUAUUGAAGGAAUUCUUCAAUCUACACUUGAAUGUUUUUUUAAUUCACAAUGUUUAACUAUGAUUCAAAUAUUGUUUCCAAUAUCUCCGAAUAUAAACAUUUAUCCAUUCAAUCAUAGUCAAACACGUUUUUCUUCAAUAACAACAAUUGAAGAAUUAACUAAUGAGUUGUUUCUUGAAACUUGGCUAACAAUAAUUUCAUUUUCGAAUUAUUAUAACCAUUGUAUACCUUAUAUAUGUACAUAUAGAUACACACAACGUAAUAUUUUAUAUGUAAUAACAAAAUUACUUGGUAUCUAUGGUGGACUUACAGCUGUUCUUCGUGUUUGUAUACCACUGAUAGUAACAAAAUGGCGCAAUCAAUUUAUUCGUCAAAGAAGUGAGAAAACUAUUCGUACAAAUGGUAACAAACGAUUUGAUGAAAUCUGGGAAAUGAUUAAAAUAAAAAUUUUCAGAAUAAAUCUUUUCGAUGAUGUUAAAUCACGUAGCGAUCCUUUUGCAUUAGAUACGGCAAUAAUUUCGACACGUAUUUAUUUGAUACUUCUUUGUAUGUCGACUGGUAUUCUCAUUAGUUAUACGGCCGUAACACUUCAUAUGUCAACAAUCAUAAUUCGAAAUCCAUCUGAAAUGAUUUAUGAUAAUCUAUUGAAUCAAUAUAAGUCAACACUUAAAUGUCCAUGUAGUCAAAUAGCUAUUGAAUAUAGUUCAUUUGUAUCUCUUUCACCUGUAUAUCAUCAAGUUUGUUCGAGUCCAUUUAUAUCCGAUAUAUGGACUAUUUCUUCAGGAGGCAAAAGUUUUAGUGCAAUGGAAUUCAAAGCUAUUCAAAGUUUCUUUAUCAUUUUAAAAGUUUUUUGUUCAUUGACUGAACAGACUGUAUCCGAUGCAUGGAGAAUUUUCAAUCAAUCAGUUAUAAUUACUAGCCAUACAAUAUCCUCUGAUGAAUUAAUUAUUCGGACAAAGGAUGCUUUCAAUCAAUUCGAAUCACAAACAGCUACCAAUUUCAAACAUAUUAUUUCUCUUAUUCAAUCAUAUCUUGGAACAAUGUUCUCAACAUUAGAAAAUAAUGUUGAAUUUGCAUCUUAUCAACCAGUUACUAACGGUUCAUCUGUUAAUUUUAAAUUGAUACCGACAACAAAGCAAAAUAAUUGUUCAUGCGCAUUAAAUAAUGAAUGUUUACAAAUAAUCACUUAUACUGGAAUUACUAUAUCUGAUCGUGGCGUUAUUUAUCCUGUGCCGACUUUAUAUGUUGGUUGUUCGAUGGUUCAAGCUGUAUUGCGAUCGACACUUGAAUGUUUUUUUAAUCAAACAUGUUUCGAUGCUUUUAAAGAACAAAAUAUUUAUCUUCAAUUACUGAAUGUAUCCAUUCUUCAAGAGUCUAAGACUCGAUUUUCAUCAAAAACAAUGAUUGGAACUUUAGUUGAUGAACUCAUGAUCGAACGAUGGAAUGAACAGAUUAAUUUUUCUAGAUAUUAUACACAAUGUGCAAGCCCACAGUGUUCAUAUACAUUAAUAUUACGUAACAAUGUUUUAUCUAUAACUACAACAGUUGUUGGUUUGCUCGGUGGAUUAAGUGUUGCAUUGAGACUCACUAUUCCAUUUUUUGUCAAUGCUAUUCGAAAUCGAAUAUACAGACGACGUAAUGAAUUAUUAACAGAUCGAACUAGUACAUUUUCUGAUCGUUUCUACCAUGCAUACAAUUUGCUCAAAGAAAAAGCAUUGGAAUUCAAUUUAUUUGAACAUCAAGGAACAAAUGAUAAUGCAUAUCAUUUAAAAACACAAAUUAUUUCUACUCGUAUCUACUUGCUUCUACUCAUACUUAGUAUUUCUAUUCUUAUUGUAUAUACAUUGUUAAUUGGAGAUAUCAAAUAUGUUACUAUACAGUAUCCAUCCUUGAAUACAUUUGAACAACUUGAAUCUCAUAAAAUAUAUUCAAGCACACUUAAUUGUCUUUGUCAAAAUCUUUCGAUUCAAUAUGAUACAUUCAUUUCGAUUUCUUAUCGAUUGCAUCAACUGUGUAGUAGUGAUAUUUUUUCAAUCAAUUUUUUAAAUUUAAUCUAUAAUCCUUUGAAUACUUUUAAUUAUUCUUAUUUUGAUUAUCGUCUCUUUAUUUUACCACAAUUUCGAUGGCUUAAUUCAUUAUGUACUCUAGCCAAUAGCACGUUCAAUGAUGCAUUAAUUGUUUUUUAUUCGAAUACAUUGGUAACGGGUAGAGUUCAAUCACGAACAACAAUUCAAAUACAGAUCGAUACAGCUCUCACUCAUUUCUAUUUAUCAACAUCACGUGCAUUUCUUCGUGCACUUGAUUUUAUUCAACAAGUUUCUCAAGGAAAUGGUAUUAUUUCUGAAAUUGAAUCUAAUUGGUAUUUUACUUCACGGAUUGAACCAAUUCAAUAUGCUUCACUCUGGACUGAACCACGCUCUUAUUAUGAUCAUAAUUCUUCAUGUUCAUGCAGUAUUAAUCAUAUGUGUACAUCAGUAGCAAUGAUUGAUGAAUGGAUUAUACCCGGUUUUCGUGUCGGUUGUUAUCCACUUCAGUCACUUCUUCAAUCAACUCUCGAAUGUCUUUAUAAUCAAACAUGUCUCAAUCAACUUAAAUCGAUCUAUUUCAAUUCAGAUCUUACUUUUCAAUCGCUUGAUCCUACACUUUCUUCUCCUAAUGUUACUGUUCAAACACUCAUCAACAAACUUCUAGUCGAUCGAUUGGAACAUAGUAUUGAUUAUAAUCAAUAUUAUUCAUCAUGUGCACCAAUUUCAUGCACAUAUUCAUAUAACCAACGAGUCGACAGUAUUUAUCUUGUGACAAGUAUCAUUGGUCUAUUCGGAGGAUUGACUAUUGCACUCAAGCUUUUUGUUCCUAUGAUAGUCAAAACUAUUCGACAUUUCAAAAAUUAUCAUCAUCGAAAUCGUACCAUUCCAUUAGCUGUAAGAGAAAUACCAGAUACACCGAGCAAAUUUUGA